CUGAGUCAGGGGGCCCUAGAUUCGGGGCGUGGGCAGGCCUGUGCCAUCCCUCCCUGUCUGUCUGUCUGCCCAUCCCAGGAACCCAGGUGAGAUGGGAUUAAGGGGUGUGGCAGGAUUAUGGGGUGUCUGAGCCAUCUGCUGCUGAGGUGUGGGAUAUGAGGAGGCAAGAUGAUUCCCGUGGCCGAGUUCAAACAGUUCGCCGAGCAGCAGCCCGCCUUCAAGGUGCUGAAGCCCUGGUGGGACGUGCUGGCCGAGUAUCUCACGGUGGCCAUGCUCAUGAUAGGGGUCUUCGGGUGCACUCUCCAGGUGACUCAGGACAAGAUUAUCUGUCUUCCCAGCCAUGAGUCUCGAGAGAACGUGUCGGAGGCCCCCUGUCGGCAGCUGCUGCCCCCGGGGGUGACGGAGCCACCCCCGACGGGGGACCCUCAGGAGCAGCGAGGCCUGAAGAACAAUCUGGAUCUCCAGCAGUAUACCUUCAUCAACCAGCUGUGCUACGAGACGGCCCUGCACUGGUACGCCAAAUAUUUCCCCUACCUGGUGGUCAUCCACACCCUGGUCUUCAUGGUGUGCGCCAGUUUCUGGUUCAAGUUCCCGGGCACCAGUUCCAAGAUCGAACACUUCAUCUCCAUCCUGGGCAAGUGUUUUGACUCCCCCUGGACCACGAGGGCCCUGUCUGAAGUCUCGGGGGACAAUCACAAAGCCGCCACCGCGGCCUCCGCCACCACCGCCAUCACUGGCAGUGGUGGCACCUCCUCGGGGGACGGAGGUGACAAAGAGAAAGAGAAGGCCCUGUUGGAGCCGGAGAAGGUGGUGGUGGUGACAGAGCCUCCCGCCGUCACCCUGCUGGAUAAAAAGGAAGGGGAGCAGGCCAAGGCGUUGUUCGAGAAGGUUAAGAAGUUCCGGGUCCACGUCGAGGAAGGGGAUAUCCUCUACACCAUGUACAUCCGCCAGACGGUGCUCAAGGUGGCCAAGUUCGUGGCCAUCCUGGCCUACAACGUGGUCUACGUGAAGCAGAUCCGAUUCCUGGUGGGCUGUCGGGUGGAGACGUCGGAAGUGACGGGCUACGGCAGUUUUUGCUGCAACCACACCAAGGCCCACCUGUUCUCCAAGCUGGCCUUCUGCUACAUCGCCUUCGUCAGCCUCUACGGCCUCACCUGCCUCUAUACCCUCUACUGGCUGUUCCACCGGCCCCUCAAGACCUAUUCCUUCCGAGCCGUCCGCGAGGAGACGGGGAUGGGCGACAUUCCCGACGUCCGCAACGACUUCGCCUUCAUGCUCCACCUCAUCGACCAGUACGACUCGCUCUACUCCAAGCGUUUCGCUGUCUUCCUCUCCGAGGUCAGCGAGAGCCGUCUCAAGCAACUCAACCUCAACCACGAGUGGACCCCGGAGAAACUCCGCCAGAAACUCCAGCGCAAUCCCGGUGGCCGCCUGGAGUUGGCACUCUGCAUGCUCCCGGGCCUCCCGGAUACCGUCUUCGAACUGACGGAGCUGGAGGCUCUGCGCCUGGAGGCCAUCUGCGAAGUCACCUUCCCGCCGGGCCUCACGCAGCUAGCGAGGCUGCAGGAGCUCAGUCUGUUGCACUCACCUGCCCGCCUGCCUUUCUCCUUGCAGGCCUUCCUGCGCGACCGGCUGAAGGUCGUGAGGGUCCAGUGUGAGGAGCUGCGGGAGGUGCCCCUGUGGGUGUUCGGUCUCCGGGGACUGGAGGAGCUGCAUCUGGAGGGGGUCUUCCCGCCGGAGGUGGCCAGGGCAGCCUCCCUGGAGAGCCUGAGGGAGUUGAAACAGCUCAAAGUGUUGUCUCUGCGGACCAACGCGGGCAAGGUUCCCGCCAGCGUGACGGACGUGGCCGGCCACCUGCAGAGGUUGACGGUGCAUAACGAUGGGACCCGUCUGGUGGCCCUCAGCAGCCUCAAGAAGCUGGUGGCCCUGCGGGAGCUGAGGCUGGUGGCCUGCGGGCUGGAGCGGGUGCCACACGCCGUGUUCAGCCUGGGCUCCCUGGAGGAGCUGGACCUCAGGGACAACCGUCUGCGCUCCGUCGAGGAGAUCCUCAGCCUUCAACACUGUCGCAAGCUGGUGGCCCUGCGUCUCUGGCACAACCAGAUCGCCCACCUGCCCGAGCACGUCCGCAAACUGCGGGGGCUAGAGACUCUGGAUCUUAGCUACAACAAGCUGGAGGGCCUCCCACCGCAGCUGGGCCUCUGCUCCGGCCUCCGCUUCCUCGACGUGGCCCACAACGGGCUCCGGGUCCUGCCGCCCGAGUUCGGCCUCUUGCAGAAUCUCCAGCACCUGGCGCUGUCGUCCAAUGCCCUGGAGGCCCUGCCCGAUGAGCUCUUCCUGGGCUGUCGUAAACUCCGGGGGCUCCUGCUUGGGGACAACCGGCUGAGCCACCUGUCGCCCCACGUCGGGGGCCUGAGCGCCCUCAGCCGGCUGGAGCUGCGGGGUAACCGUUUGGAGGCGCUGCCCCAGGAGCUGGGUCUCUGCCCCGCGCUCAAGCGGGCGGGCCUCCUGGUGGAGGAGGCCUUGUAUCUGGAGCUGCCAGUGGAGGUGCGGGACCGGAUGGAGGAGGAGUGAGGGGUGACGGAGGGGUGGGGGCAGGGAGGGCGCAUGGAGGUGUGUGGGGAUGGAGGCUUUUCCAGAGGCUUCCGAUGACCCCCCCCACACACACACACACACACAGACUCCCACUCCUCCACCCAUCACUGCUGUCUUGCUGCUGGGAGGCAGCAGGCUGGGAGAGGAGGAUGGGGAGGAGGGAGAAAAAGGAUGAGAGGGAAGAAGGUGAUGGGAGAAGAAGGAGGUGGGGGUAGACAGUUUCAUGGUUCUGCAAAGAGACUCUCAUGCUUGAGGCUCCAAAGUCUCAGGUUCAAUCCCCCU